AUGUGUCACGUUCCCGACGGUCAGGUCACAACGCCGCUGUUGGACAAAGAACUAGCCCAGCCGAUGAAUGUGGGAUCAGACAAUGGAACUCAGGAUCCAAGUCGUAGUAUAGCUUUGGAUUUCCCCAUGCCAAACUGGACGAGGGCAAAACCGUACAGCAGCAAGCGGCUUCUGCCUCAAACCAUUGCACACAGAGGAUUCAAAGCCGAACACCCUGAAAAUACCCUGAACGCUUUCAAGGGGGCCGUGGAAGUUGGAGCCCAUGCCCUCGAGACUGACAUCCACUUGUCCAAGGACAGUGUGGUUGUACUAUCUCACGACCCCGACCUGAAACGGUGCUUUGGAAAGAAAGAAAAAAUCAUAGACUGUGACUGGGACUAUCUGAGUACCAUCCGCACCACCAAGGCCCCUCACGUACCCAUGCCGCGUCUCCGAGAUCUACUGGAAUACGUUGCGCAACCGGGCCUGGAAAAUGUUUGGCUGCUCCUCGAUAUCAAACUCGACAACAAUUCAGACGACGUGAUGAGACUAAUAGCGAAGACGCUGGCCUCGGUCGACCCUGGUCAACGGGCCUGGGAGGAGAGGGUCGUGCUCGGUAUCUGGGCGGCCAAAUUCCUGCCUUUAUGCAUGAAAUAUUGUCCAGGUUACCCGAUAUCACAUAUUGGAUUCUCGACCAUUUACGCCAGGCAGUUCUUGAAGGUGCCGAAUGUGUCGUUCAAUAUGCUGCAGAAGAGCCUCUUCGGUCCUUUGGGCGCUCGGUUCAUCCGAGACGUUCACAGAGCCAAACGCCCACUCUAUGCUUGGACUGUUAAUGACUCGAACCUCAUGAAAUGGUGCAUUCAAAACAAUCUCGAUGGUGUCAUUACAGACGACCCUAAAACAUUCAAGAAGAUUUGCGACGAAUGGGACGACGAAAAGGAACCAGUAGCCAAAAUGACUUGGGGCCAGUGUCUCUACACGCUGUGGGUUUGGAUCAUGAUCGCAGUUUUUUCUAGGUUCUUCAGGCGCAAAUUCCCAGAGACGGUGGAGCAUUUUAUCCAACAGAACAACUUGAGAGUGAAGGCGGUCGAAACCAUGGAGGAGUGA